UGUUUCUCAUUUCUGUUUGACUGUUUAACUUGGUAUCGUACGCUUUUGUCGUGGAGAGUGUUUUUCUUUGCACAAACUUAUAUGAAAAAAGAAAUACCUAAACAUUUGAAAUCGGUAGCGUCGUUAUCAAAAUUGCUUAUAUUCAAACACUUCUUUCUCGGAAUAGUUAUCUUCACGGGUAUUUAGCUGAAUUCGGAACUCCGUGUUUCUUCGGUAGAAAUGUCAGGGAUUGCAAUUGCCAGACUCGCGGAGGAGAGAAAAGCAUGGAGGAAGGAUCACCCUUUUGGAUUCGUGGCUCGACCAACUAAAAAUCCAGAUGGUACACUUAAUCUGAUGAGCUGGGAAUGUGCCAUACCAGGAAAGAAAUCUACUUUCUGGGAAGGUGGAUUAUACAAGCUACGUAUGAUCUUCAAAGAUGAUUAUCCCUCGAGUCCCCCAAAGUGCAAGUUUGAACCACCCCUUUUCCAUCCUAACGUAUAUCCAUCCGGAACAGUAUGUCUAUCACUCUUGGACGAAGAAAAGGAUUGGAGGCCAGCUAUCACUAUCAAACAGAUCCUUCUUGGUAUCCAGGACUUACUUAACGAGCCCAAUGUCAAGGAUCCAGCACAGGCUGAAGCUUAUACUAUAUAUUGUCAAAAUCGUCUGGAGUACGAGAAGCGAGUAAAAGCUCAAGCUAGAGCAAUGGCACCUCAAGAGUAAAUCCUAUGUCUAAGAUAUACCAAUACUUAUUGGCUCUACCUUUAUCCAUGUAAGACUGGUCUGUAAGGACAAGAUCAUCUUUCUUUUGUUUUUGUCAUCCUGGAUUUGGUAUUGAAAAGAUUACUACAAUACUAUAGAAAAAAAUCCUUAAAUCAUAAAGACACGUGAAUUUAAACGCGAAACAUAUUUCUCUUAAGACCAGACAGUCUUUUCAAUCUUUUUCGAUUAAUAGUUCUGAAUUUAUUUUGUAAUAUUUUAUACUGAAUAAGAUACGAGUGUUCCUUUGCAUUUGAGAUUUUCACAAGUAGAUUAAACAAAGUGAAAAGCAAAAACCAGGAACAAAUGUAAAAUAAGAAGUGGCCAUUUGAAACAUGAAGCGGUUAUUACAUGAAAGAAAUCCGUAA